AUGGUCAAGGUUGAUUCAAAAAUUAAACGAGGAACAGGGAAAAAAACUAAAGGAGCCUCGACGAGUGACGAUCAUGGGGAGUCGUCUUUCGAAGACUUGGAAAUUGGGGCCUCCGAUACUUCCACACAGAAUUGCUGCAUCUACAGUGUUCCGAAGACACUCGUCGAGGUCAGCGGCAAGAAAUGGUUCGAGCCCCGCGUCGUCUCCAUAGGGCACUACAACUGCAAGAACGACGCGAAACAUAAACGCCUCCAAGUGAAACAAAAGCACAAGCAGGAGUUCUGUUGCAUUCUACAGUCCCGCGUCAAAACAAACAUGGAAGAAUUGAUGGAAAUCAUACGCCGGCCAGUACUUGAAGCUGCUGAUGCCAGAUCAGCUCAUUACUCACAAAAGACGAAGCUCAACUCCGCGACGAUCGAUCCGUUCCUCAGAAUGCUGGUUCUUGAUGGUUGUUUUAUAUUAGAAUUGUUUCGAGUACUUGGAAAAUCGAAAAAGAUCGAGUCUGAUCACCCUCUCGCCUCCGUGGCAUGGGCAAUACCACAGUUCUACGGGGAUCUUCUUCUGCUUGAGAAUCAGAUCCCCUUUGUUGUUCUGAAAAAGUUAUUCGAAACUUCCAAAAUGCCUGAUGAGGACUAUCCUUUGUCCUUGCUUUCUUUGAGAUUCUUUAACAAGGUAAUGCGCAGAUCCGAUGAAGAUCUCAAAAAGAUGAGCGAGAAACUCAAUGACAGCUUGCAUUUGCUGGACUUGGUUCGGUUAAGUUUUAUCACCCGCGAUCUAGAUCAGCCACCAGAGGAGAAAAAACCAGUACCGGUGAUAUACUGCAUCACGAAGCUCCUCAAAGCGGGGAUUAAGAUCAAACUGCGUGAGGCGGCCGACAACUUCUUGGCUGUGAAAUUCAAGAACGGAGUGAUUGAGAUGCCCAUAAUAACCGUCGACUACUUCAUGCACUCUUUGGUGGUGAACUGUCGGGCAUUCGAGCAGUUGGACAACAAAAGCUCCAAGCACAUCACAGUUUACGCCUAUUUCCUGGACUGCUUAGUAAACACAUCCAAGGACGUCGAGUACCUUUACGAACAAAACAUCAUUGACGGUUAUGUUGGGAAGAACAGCGAGGUCGUGCAAUUCAUCAACAAGUUGGGGAAGGAGAUGGAUGUUGAAACCGAUCAGUUUUAUUUAUACAACUUUUUCGAAAAGGUAAACCAUCGUUAUAAUGUCAAGUGGAAAGUGCGAUGGACGGAGUUCAAGCAUAGGUACUUUAAUACGCCAUGGUCAUUCAUUUCGUUAUUGGCAGCCCUUGUGUUGUUAGCGUUAACCAUUUUGCAGACCUACUACACCAUCUACGCUUAUUAUGAUCCUAAAUAA